AGUUCUUCUGACAAUUGUGUCCCUGCAGUCUUUAGAGAAAUGGGGUCAGUGAGAGAUGGGACUCUCAUAUGGCUGCAGAGACGAGAAAUUGGACAUCAGCCCAGAUCUGGACAAGCCACAAGUCUGAAAAAUCUUUAUAGCUCUGUGCAAGUUGUCUCUUUCUACAGCCCAUUCUCGAAUCACAGUGAUGGACAACAUCAUGGUGGCAUUUUCAACUUUGAUUUUUCCACCGACGGACGUGUCCUGGUUGCUGCAUGUGAAAAGCGAAGUUUCUUAGUAUUUGAUCCAUUUAAUGGAAAACUGGUGCAGACUAAAAAUGGAGCCCAUAUGAAUUGCGUGAACUGUGUUAAGUUUCUAGACACACGAACGUUCGCUACGUGUUCGGAUGACAACACUGUGGCACUCUGGGACUUGCGAUUCCUGGGCAGCAAAGUGCGCUCGCUCCAUGGUCACUCUUACUGGGUCAAAAACAUUGAGUAUGCUGCUUCACGGGGCCUGCUAGUGACCUCAGGUUUUGACGGCACGAUCUACACUUGGGAUAUCAACAACUACUCUAACGAGGAUGGGUGUCGGCGUGUUUUUUACACGGACGGUUUGAUGCGGUCAAAGUUGACACACGACGACUCCAAGCUAGUGGUGGCCACAGCCGAUGGCUACCUCAUCAUCAUCCACAACCUUGACCUGGAGCAUCUGGAUACAGACACUGCCGACUUCAAACUGCACUUCACUGAGUCCAUGCAGGAGACCGGCACCUCCAUCAUCGACUCCAACAUCAAGCGAAUGUUUGAGCGAUCGCGUAACCGCGUGGAGCUGCUGUCGGAUUUUCCCAAGGGAGACAAGGCGUUGGUCAUUACCUCGCUACAGGUGCAUCCGCAGGGAUGGUGCGUAUCUUCACGUAAUACAAGUUCUGACGAGUCUUCAGAGUGGACGUGCGUGCACGACAUAAGUGAAGACCCUCAGUCUCCAAGCUUCCUAUCCAACACCAGAAGAAGCCGUCGUCACCUAACCCCCAUGUCCGCUCCGGAAAGGCAGCAGCCAGAGAGAGUAGACAGGGGCCGGCCAGGUCAGGUGGAGCAAGACGUCAGCCUGGUUCACGAAAGACUAGUGGAGCCACAGCAGAGUGAAGAAUCGGGAGUCCAGACAAUGUAGGAGGGCGAAGGGGGCCAAGGCCAGCAGGACCAUUCUAGUUCUCUUCAUCAUCGUCUGCACGAAGACCUGGACGAUGAGAGUGCCGCUGCCGCCGUUGAGGAACCGGGCCCUAGUCCGCGGCGGCGGCGGCGGCGUCGGUGGCGAGUGUUUCGGUUGCGGCUGUCGUCCGGAGAUGCUGUAUCCUUGUCGGAUGCGUCGUCGUCGGCAGAGCAGUACAGCACUGUGUCCACGACAACCUCCGCCCCGCUAGGCAGCAGCAGCAGGGAAGCAGUUGGACGGUCCCGGGCCAGCAGCGACACGGACGCCUUCAUCCUGCGGCUUCUGCGGCAAGCAGCGCUGAUGGUGGAAAGCAGCACGGCGCUGCGCCACGUCGAGCCUGCGCGUCUGCUGCAGCAGCCGCCGCGUAGUUACAGCGUACACGUGCCGCGGCCGCGCCUGCAGUUCUUCCAGCAGGAGCCCAACGUGGGUCGCGGCUACAUCAAGGAGCAGUGCUUCAGCGCCGACGGGCGGCUUGUCGUGUCGCCCUACGCUAACGGCCUGCGGCUGCUAGCCUUUGACGCGCGCUGCAGCGAGCUGUGCGACUGCCCACCCGUGGCGCCCGGACAGGCACGGCAACUCCACGAGAAAAGCCUCUCCAUGCACGCGCAGGUGGCCCUCACCACCCGCUUCUCCCCACCCAGUGCAUGUUUGUCUCUGGGGGCCCUGGACGGCUCCGUAGCUUUCUUGCAGCCCUCUUUGUAGCUGGGAUAUGACGAUGUGGGAGCGUGGAAGGGUCGAGAGAGAAUAGUGACAUGCACACCCAUGGCGUUGCAAAUUUCUGCUGAAUAUUUUUUUUUAAUCCUCGCUUACGAGGAUUAUUAAACGUCAAGAAUAUUGUGAACAGUGUAACAGAGUAGACCUAUCGUAAUUUUUUUAAUUAGGUGUAGCCUUUUGUGUUGAGUUAUAAGAAUAAAUAUUUAUAGUCAUGAAGUAUAAAAUUCCAUGAAGAAUUUGUUGUUUUUUUUUCUAUUUGGCAGAUAUUUAUUUAAUAUUUUAAAAGAGUGACUGGCAGUGCCAAAAGAAAAGGUUUUACUUGUAUAAACAUUUCUUAAACUUUGUUAUUGAUUAUUUUUUGAUGAAAGGCACAAAAACAGUUAGAUUGAUUAUGUGGAUGGGACACAUGACUCGACAUGUAUUCCUGCUGCAUGCCCUUUCAUUCAUAGUUGGCACCUGAAAGUGUCGUGAACUUAGUAGAUUUUGUUUAACAUUGAUGAAAAACCAUCACUGAUUCCUCCGUGGUUUGAAAUAACGCUGAAAUUAUGAUAAUUGUCGACGUAAUAAUUUAUUAUGAGAAAUUAUUUACCGAUGGUGCUUUACCUGCUUUAAUAUGCCCACAGGAAUAGUCCCGCUGAGCGAGCUAAAGUCAAAAAUGUGUGGAAUACGCUUUAACACUUUUAUUGUUCACUGAAGUGUUUUAAACUUGGUCGUCAAAUUCUUCUGUAAGUUUUCUGACAAAUCAUUUGCUUUCUUGCUGCUAAGACGCAAAAACCUAUUUUAUAAAGCGUGGGUUAUUUAUUAUCUUCUUAAAAUACUCUUGUGUGAAGAUAUCGAGCUGCCAUAUUGGUAGCCUUACCUUUGAAAAACCUGUUUAUAAAUUAUAUCUACAAUCGGUGUCGGUUUGGAUUUUAUUGUACAUAACAAAAAAGUACAUUCUGUACUCUGGCUGGCUUUCUGGUGCAGUUUGUUAAUGGCAAGUGAAAGAUUAUUUCACGAAACCGCAAACCUGGCAAAGUUGCUGCUCACAGUUUUGCAAGGGUUCUUGUUCAUAUACCGAUCUGCUUAUUGAAUUAGUAGGAUAGGGGGAAUCUUAUCUAAGUAUAAUGAAAGAAUAGUAUCUAACCUUUGACAUUGUGAAACCCGUCUUGAGAUGUGUUCGUCUCUCGAAUGAGGAAAGAAGGAGGGAGAUUUUCACAAAAGGAAGCUUUAUGGUAUUUGUAAAAUGUAAGCAAAUGAGCAGGUUAGUGUUAUUGUGUUGUGUUGCCACUACAGCGUUAUUGAUAAAACAAAGAUCAGACGUGAAGCUGAAGCGCGGUUACUUGAUGAUCACUUACAGACAGAGUUGCUCCGCUUGGUACAGGCCCGUGUAUUCUGUGGAUUUUGCAAGUCACUACAUGCAUUGGUCCUCAGGUGACUUUUGUGUCAUCUGUAACCUCACAGGCUGUUACACCAGACUGUCACAAAAUGUAGCGUCUCUCUGGGCCACAGACUGACUUUUUGCUGUGCUUUCUGUAUACGCACCUGAAAACUUCUCACGUGUAUGUGUUGGCAUGCUCGUUUGUGAGUGGAAAGUUUGAAAAAAACACGCACAUUGCCUGAAAGCUUUUUUGCGCUUGAUGAAUGAAUGAGCUGUGUAUGAGUGUUUUGUUUGAAAGCUGGUUAUACCUGUAAGGUGCGCUGGUCACGAGCGAGACGUGCGCAACUGGACACCACGUAUUUCAGCAACACAAGUCCUAAGUUUAAUCCCAUCUUGCCUUUCGUCCAAAAUGUGCGAUGGAUCUGUGAAUAAGAGGAGGAGCUACAGGUCUUGUUGAUGGAAAUAGGAGAUGAAUUAUCAAUUGAAUGUCACCGAGAUGCAAAAGAAGACCACAUACCGUCCUUUCACCUCUGUGUGUGCAUAAUAUUAUUGCACCGCUAUCUUUCGUCGCUCAUAGCUAUUUCAUUUCGUCCAUGUACACAUGAGUUGGGUUUUUUUUUUUUGUAAUUGUUAACUGUACCUGACAGCGUAUUUGUCACAUACCUUUUCGCUUGUUACAGAAAGAUGUUUGAGGUGUGUCUUCCACAAACACAUUCAUUCCUUUCAAGACGGGCGCACAGGUAUAUAAAAAUGUCCUGUUAAUUAUUUGGACAAAUUGAACGGUUUUCACGAUGAAGAGGCCUAGAUGCAAAUUGACACCUGUAGACGCAAGGUGAAUAGUUCAUGUUUAAGGACAGUUGUACAGUCGUCUGUGACUCAGUACAGAAAGAUUUAUUUCUUAGCUGAUUACACUUUGUUGAAAUAUGUAGAUUAUAUUAUGGAUCAUGGCAGUGCGUAAGGCAUGAGAAGAAUAGCAUUUUAAUUUUGCGAAAUGUUUACCAGCCCCAGCAUGCAGUAUGUAGAAGAAUAGAUAGUCGCUCUCACAAUCCAGUCCAAGUAUUUAGUGAGUGAACGGUGACCCUUUGUUCAGAAUGUUUAAUCCAGAGUGUGAACAAGAUCUCAUGUCAGCUGGUAGCUCAAUUUCAUGGACGAAAAGAUGCUUGCAUCGCAUUUUAUAAUAAUUUUGGAAUAUUUGAAGAUUUAAAAGACAGUGGACUGACCAACACGAGGCACUUUAUUCUUUCUGAAGGACGAUUGAAAUCACUGUUAUGUUAGUGAGUUUUACAAAAUGACAACAAUGACAAUGUUGUUUUUUUCACAGACAUAUUGAACGAGGACGUUGCACAUUGUAUAUUGCAUUGUUUGGCAAUGUCUGAAGUUGGUUGUAUCAAUUUUCUUCCUGAUCUCGGUUUUUAUUUAGCGGAGAGUUUAUCACCCACGGAAAUAAUUCCUGGUGUAACAAAACAAAUUUUUUUAAAGCUGAUUUCGUAAAGACAAGUAAAACACAUACUUUUAGCACGAAAUAUAUUCAUCAGUUCUUAAUCUAGAAAUGCAAAUUAAAAGUUUAUCCCGCUAUGGCUUAUUUACCUUUCUAACUUUUACACAAUAAAUUAAUUAAAAUUCCAGCUACCCUCUCGUCAGUUUGGUCGCAGAAAAACUUACAAAAAGAUUGGGAAGAUUUGUGUCGGCGAUCGCUCUAGCGAUGUCAAAGAACAUCAGUUGACUGUUUCACAUAAGUAAAUUAUAUAUAUACACGUAUGAAACUGAAAGCCCGAGUGAGAUGCGUGCUGUAGUAAGAAAUUUCCUACAUGAACUUUACAAAAUAAAAGCUAGUUGAAGU